CUGGGUUCGAAUCCUUUCGAGUGUUUCUAUUUUUCUUAUGAUUUCUAACGCGUUUUUUUGUGAUUUUAAGUAAGAGAUUUGUAUUUUAAAUAUUUUUAAAUUAUUUUUAGUGUUGUUUUAGAGGAGAUUUAAUGAUAUUUUCGGGAUUUUUGUCGCGAAUUUAGAAGAAAAUUAUUUUAAUUUUUAUUUUUUUUAGUUAAAUAUUUUUAAAAUAUUUUUUAGAUUUUAAAAAUUCUUUUUUGAAGUAAAAGUCUUUCUAAAAUAUGGCUCAUUUAAUUCAGGAUGGUUUUGUUGUGAAUGACGCCAAAUGGAAAUUGGGAAUAUUCAUUACCGAUCUAAACAAAUCAAAGGAUAUAUUGGUUAGAGGAGACUUGACAAUUGGAAAUUUAAUGAUGCAAUUGGUUGAACAAAUGGAAGAAAAUCAGGAUUGGAGUGAUCACGCAAUUUGGUGGCCUGACAGACGAAAAUGGCUUAAACAUACAAGAAGCACUUUGGAUCAAAUUGGAGUUACUGCUACAACAUUUUUGGAGUUUACACCGAUGCAUAAACCUGCGAGAGUGGAGUUGCCCGAUAGACAGAUUUUAGACGCUCGUCUAGACUUUUCUGUGCCAGUACUCAAAGUCACACAAAAAUUGUGCCAAGAAUUAGGAAUUCGCCACCCAGAAGAAUUGUCAAUUAAACGCGAUAUUCCAACAGAUAUUUUACGUAAAGGUGCCCAUGUGGAGGCAGAUCAACAUAUACAGCCUUAUAUGAAGCCGGGAGAAGAAUCUAUUGGACCUGGAACGUUGAGAACUGCAAAACCGAUUAGAGCAUCCACAAUGAAUUUAAGUGGAGGGAGAGGAUCGCCUGUUUCUGGUGCUGCUGCUAUGGGACCUGGACAUCCUUUUAACGCGUCAGAAAUUGGUACAUUGCCUAAACCUGGAACGCUGCCUCGAGGAAUGAGUCCUGGACCUGCUGCUUAUCGUGAAGCUCUUGGAAGAACACCUGAACCCGGAUUUAGUGAAGGCCUCGAAGACGAUUUUUUCGACCACAAUUUAAUAAAUUCGCCCAAAAUUGUGCCUAGCCGUGAUUCUUUUAAGCCUCAAAAUUAUUUGGAAAAGGCAGCAUUAAACAGAGGAUGGCUUGAUUCUUCACGCUCAUUAAUGGAGCAAAGCAUAUUUGAAGGGGAAACUGUUUUGCUUCGAUUUAAAUUUGCUACAUUUUUUGAUAUAAAUUUGAAAUAUGACCCUGUACGUAUUAAUCAAUUAUACGAACAAGCAAAGUGGUCUAUUUUAUUGGAGGAAGUGGAACAUACGGAAGAGGAGGCUGCUUUGUUUGCUGCUUUACAGCUACAAGCAACACUUCAAAGAGACACACCUGAACGAGAAUCGCCUGAACGAGAUGAAGUUGAUGUUAUGCUUGAUGAAUUGGAACAAACUUUGGAUGCUGCUGCUUCUAUAAGUCGAAGAGAAUUAACUUAUGUGCCUGAAUUGACCGAAUAUUUAAAAUAUGUAAAACCAAAAAAGCUCGGUUUCAACAAUUUCAAACGUGCAUAUUUUACGUUUCGUGACCUCUAUUUAAGUUACUACAAUUCUGCACAGGAUGCUAAUGGCCCUCCCCUUGGUCAUUAUUACAUGAAAGGAUGUGAAGUAACUCAAGAAUUGAGUGUGACCCAAGGCAAAUUCCACAUUAAAUUACAAUUGCCAAGUGCUGAAGGGAUGACUGAAAUGAUUUUGAAAUGUGACACGGAACAACAAUUUUCCAAGUGGAUGGCUGCUUGUCGUCUCGCUUCCCGUGGUAAAACAAUGGCCGAUUCUUCGUAUAAUUCUGAAAUGGAAUCAAUCAAAAAAGUUUUGCAGAUGCAGGCUGGAAGAGCCAAACAACAAAAUGGAAGUUCUGUUGAUAAAAGAAAAGUUAGACAACCAGUUCAAUUACCUCCAGAUUUUAAUACAGAAGAAUAUGCCUCUCAACGUUAUGUUCGUCGAACGGGAAACAGAAAUUUACAACAUCGAAUUUCCGAUGCCCAUUCAAAUGUCAAAACCCUCAGUUGUUCUGAAGCAAAAUUGCAAUAUAUUAGAAAUUGGGAAGCUUUACCAGAGCAUGGAUUGCAUUAUUUUAUUGUUAAGUUUAGAAACGGAAAGAAUAAUAAAUCAGAAUUAAUUGCUGUAGCACACAAUAGAAUAAUGAAAAUAAAUAGUGACAAUGGGGAAGCUACAAAGACUUGGAGAUUUGCUGGAAUGAAAAAAUGGCACGUUAACUGGGAAAUUCGUCAUAUAAAAGUACAAUUUGAUACGGAAGAUAUUGAAUUUAAACCGUUAAGUGCUGAUUGCAAGGUAGUACAUGAAUUUAUUGGAGGAUAUAUAUUUAUGUCAUUACGAAGCAAAGAUCAAAACCAAACUUUGGAUGAAGAAGGAUUUCAUAAAUUAACUGGUGGAUGGGGAUAA